GGGAGCCCUUUUCGAUUUUCGUUGUGGGCAUCUUUGUCUUUGUCUUUGUGUGCGCAUGAGUGUGUGUGUGUGUCCCAACUGGGGGGCUGGCGGGUGCCUGGGAGAGUUAGAGUCACUCACUUACAUGUCAAUGUGAUGUGUGCGAAUCUCACAUACUAUCAUGUCAUGGUGGACCCAUACAUGGCGGACACACAGGGACGGACGGUUGGCCAUCCAUCCAUCCAUCCAUCCCUGGGGCAGCAUAUAUGAAUUUUUCGCCUCCUCUGCCUGCAGCUGAGGCUCGGGCUGGGCUGGGCUGGGUGGCUGGCAUGGCACACCACCCACCCACCCCACACAUGCGAAACGAAGGAGGUGGGGCGGUUUCAUCCGUGCCUUCUGCAGGCAGGCAGGCAUGCCUUCAUUCUUCAUUGCUUCCUUCAUUCAUUCAUUCAUUCACUCAUUCAUGGAGUGCUCUAGUGGUCGGAUGGGUAGCUAGCGCUCACAAGGGAGAGGGAGGUGUACAGCGGCAGGCAGGGAGGGAGGGACCGAGAGGCAGUUCAAGGACUGAGUGAGAGAUGAGCGAGUGUGUAGUCGACUGACUGACUGACUGACUGUGGUUUGGUUAAAGCAACACAAGACACGGCAGCCGUCAGAAAGACGAAUGGCUGGCUGGCUGGAUGGAUGGACGAUUCACCGACGGACACAGACAGACAGACAGACAGAGAAGGGCACGCGGCGCAUUGUUCUCGUCUGUCACUCACUCACCUACUGCACCUGCUCAGAUGAGGAGGAGAGUGAAUUUUCCGGGGCCGUGUGUGUUGGGUUCACUCACUGGACACUUGCUUACUUUGCUCAACCAUCUAAUGGUGCCUGAAUGACGCGACAAGAGAGAGCGGGCGAGGGAGGUGAGUCCAAGUUACUGCCUGCCUGCCUGUCCGUCUGUCUGUCUGUCUGUCUGUUUGUCCGUCUGUUUGUUUGCCCAACACAAUGACUGGUGCGUGUGGCUAUGCAUUGCACUGCAUUGCGUGUGUUGAAGAUCCAUCGACUCGAGAGGGGGGGAGGAAGGGAGGGAGGGAACUGGCUGCAUAGAUAUGUAACUGAUAUGUAACUGUAUAACCUGGUAUAAGAUGACCUGCGCUGCUCUGAACCAUCCAAUCCAUCCAUCCAACCGUGGCCCAUCUGCUGCUCGAUACCAUACCAUAGCAUAGCAUACAAUUGCCUGCUGUGGCUGUGCCUGCACACAUACACAUCCUGUCUGUCUCUGCACUGCCAUGGCUCUUUUGCUGCCUGCCUGCCUGCCAUGUUUUGCGCUGCCUUGUGUUGUGGUGCGUUGGCUGUCUGUACGUGUGUAUGUGUGUAUGUGUGUAUGUGUCACAUAGACACACACACACUCAUUGUUCAUUCCUUCAUUCCACUCACAUAUCCAUUCCAUUUUCCCUUUUUCGUUGAAUACUGGGCUGGGCUGCCCCCACUCAUUUCGCACAUACAUAACAUUCACUUAGUCAUUCCAUUCCAUUCCACAGACAGUCUGAUCGACCACUCUUUUUCGCAUUUGUCUUGGCUGUGUGUGUGCCUGCCUGGGUCCCAUUGAUUGCGUGCGUGUGCAAAGCGAGCGGGGGCAUAGUUUUGUUGAAUUCACAGCGAGCGAGCAACCCAAUUGACUGACUACCCACCCCCACACGUGUACAACGCCCGUGUACCCGCAUACAUUAGGUGUGCGUUGGUUGGUUCUCAUAAUUCAUUUUUCUCCUUCGGCCUGUGUGUGGUGUGGUGUGGUGUGGUGUGGGUAAGAGUGUGUGUGACGCACCGCACGCAGUGUGUGUGGCGUGUGCCAGGCCUACCGCGUGCGGUGCGUGUGUAAGCAAAGCAAGGCAAGGUGGUGUCUAUCUAUCUUAUCUAGCUGGAGCUCAGUCAUUACAUAACAUCAGUGAGUGGGUGCGUGUAGAAUAAUGGCUGGCAUGAGAGGGGGGAGGGGAGGGAGGGGGUGGGGCGAGAGAGAAAGACACGGAGGGAAGAGGGGAGGGCAGGUGAUACUGUCGAUGGACCUUCUAUCGCGAUGUGAGUGAUCUUCUGGUCUGUUUGAUCGGUGUUGGAUGGAACGGCCAUGUCAUGGUCAUGCCAUGCAUUCCUGGCUCGCCAUGAAUGACAUCGCCGUACGUACCGACACCCUCUGGACGGACAGACAGACACGCCGUACUAACGAACUGUACACAUGUAUACAAUACGCCUUGCUGCACAAAGCUUUAGCACUCGUAUGAUUCACACGUGCAGUGCAUGCAGCUCCAGAACGAUGCAGUGCAGAGGGAGGACAUCGUGUAUACGUAAAACAAUGACGUAUGCGAUGAAUUCAAUCGCUCAACAUCUCGAAGCUCGCAGUCUUUCUUUCAUGGAUUCCGUAGCCUUAACCAUCCGUCGUGCCCGUAGAUGUGGUGACCCUUCACUAGAUCUCAGCAACAAAGGUGAGAAAUCAGCCCUGGAAGGCCACAAAGAUAGCAUCUCUGUGCACCCCAGGUCUUGAGGCGCUCCCGGAUGAGCUAUUUCGCCUUGGCGGUCUCACACACCUCAACUUAUCCGGCAACAAGGUAGGUCACACAUUUGAUUGGUGAAGAAUCGCGUUUCUCCCCUUCGAUAUGCCGGCGUGCUGCCGUCCCAUCAGCUGCACAGUUUGGAUGGUCGUCUGGCGCAGCUGAGCGGGCUGAAGGUCCUGCUGGUCGACGACAACCAGCUCACACACCUGGAUGAGCCCCUGGUAUGUCAUCGAUGCGGUGCACACCGGAUACACUGCACCCCUACUUCUUUGCUUGUGACGAAUGUGUCAAUCAAUGCAGUUGAGGCCGCUGCCGUGUCUGCAGCGUGUGUCGGCCCGCGGCAAUCCGCUGGACGAUGCCUCACAGCAGCUGCUGACCCAGCUGGGCUAUAGCACCGUUGUCGAUAGCGAUACAGUAGAAGAGCUGGUGGAGUUGCCGCUGCCCGCCUCAAGACCUGUGCCGCCCAUGUCCGCCCCGGUGAGUGGUGUGGGUGGGUGGGCGAAUGUGUGCUGGCUGGAAUGCAUCUAUGCAUCUGAAUCUCUCAGAUGCAUGGCAUGGAUGGAUGCAUUUGUGUGCCGCUGUGGUGUGGUGUCUUCAGGGGGGUCGGCGGGCGCGCCCCGUGGCAGACUCUAAGCCGCUGGGCCUCAUGGUGGACGAUCGCAUUGACAUCGAUCGUUCGAGCCCCCUGCAGCCGUCCCUCCACCACCACCAGCAGCACCACCACCAGCCGCCCACCUCCUCCCCACCCCCCCUAUGGCUGCAAUCCACACCCCCAGCGGGAGGAGACGGCGCGACCACCAGCAACAGUGGCGGCGAUAGAGGCAAGCAGCUUGGCGGCCGUGUUGGUGUAGGUGGUGGGCUGGUGAUGGACGAGUCGCCGCGGAUGAAGGAGCUGGAGCAGCAGCUCGAGGUACCGUCGGUGGACAGGAGGGAGGGCACAUGCGUGGUGAUGGUCGUCAUCUGAUGGAUGUGUGGGUGUUGUUGGUCAGGACGAGCGGCGGAAGAACAAGCGCCUCACACAGGGUAGGUAAUGGGCGGGGGCGUGUUGAUCGUAUGGACGCAUCCCUAUUGCAAGCAGAGAUAAAGCGGCUGACGGAGCGUCUCCGGGAGCAGGACACAUCAGGCUUGGUCGGUAUAGCACACAAUACAUACCUCAGCACCCCAGACGAACACACAGAGGACAAUCGAUGUUUGCGAACACACAGGGGGGCAUUUCCUCCUUCACCUUUUCCGAGGUCACCCUGGGCAAAGUGAGUACAACACGGCUGGCACAAUGAGCAGAAAGACCCGGACGAUUGUGCGUAUCAGGUGGUGGCUCAGGGUGCGUUUAGCACUGUCCACGAGGGCGAGUGGAUGGGUGCGAGGGUAGCAGUAAAGAAGAUAUUCGACCCCAGCGGAUCCCAGGACGUCCGAGACGAACUGGUGGGGGUGGGGCGAAUGGCCACACACACACACACACACACAUACACACGCAAACACACACGUGUGUGUGGGGGGUUUUGUGUACAGACGACAGAGGUGGAUGUGUUGAGCCGCGUCCGGCACCCGCACAUCGUGCAGCUGAUGGUAGGGUGCGCAGCCAGCCAGCCAGCCAGCCAGCCAUAGAUGGUAUGCGUGGAUGCAUUUGUGGCUGCAGGCGUCGUGUUUGCAGUCCCCCACGGUGGGUCUAGUCAUGGAGCUCGUCGAGGCGGGAUCGCUCUACGACGCCAUACACACAAAUCGGUUGGUACACAUUGACACACACACACUCACGAGAGAGAGAGAGAGAGAGAGGAGAGAGAGUGAGGGUGAGAGUCGGCCAAGUACAUUCUCCCUCUCUCUCUCUCUCGCCCCCCGUCCCCCCGUCACUCCCCGCCCCGCCCGCAGGCAUCCUGCGUUGCGUGAGGUGAGUGUCCGUCUGCGCGUGGCGUUGGAGGUGGCAUCCGCCCUGGCCUACCUGCACCACAGAGGGGUCGUCCACAAGUCAGUCCACCAAGGGAGACAGACAGACGGACGGCUGGCUGGGAUGAUGCACUGGUGUGUGUCGUGCUGUUGUGUGGGUCACUCUCAUCUCAGGGACGUCAAGAGCUUCAACGUGCUGCUGACCCAGGGUAACUAAGUCCGGAACAUGCCAUUUGUCCAUUGGAUCUCUCCCCCCUGUGUGCCUUUGCGCAGACUUUCACGCCAAGCUCUGCGACUUUGGGCUAGCCAGACUGAAGGUCACACACACGCACACACGCCCGCCGAUCCAUUCAUUACAUGAGCACUCCUCUCUCUAUGUGUGCCUGUCUGUCUGUCUGUGUGUGUGUGUUGUAUCAGUCGACGCUCAACACGGGCCGUCUGCAGCACGCCGGCACGCCAGCCUACAUGGCCCCCGAGCUGUUUAGACAGGGACACUACACCGAGAAGGUCGACGUCUUCGCCUUCGCCGUCCUGCUGUGGGAGGUACGGCACGCGCGGCAUGGCAUCCAUGGCAUCCAUCCAUCCAUCCAUUGUGUGAUCAAUCGUGUGGAUGUCAUGCCAUGCGACACAUGGCAUGGGGGCGUUGGUGUCGGUCCUUUUUUCCUCGAUGGUUGGUUCAGUUGUUGACGCUCGAGGUGCCGUUUGAUGGGCUGGACGCCCUGCUGAUAAGGCCCAAGGUCGAGUCGGGGGCGCCGCUGCACGUGCCUUCAGCAGGUGGGUUUCGGGGGUGGGGGGAGGGCGGGGAGCCAGCACACACACACACACACACACAUUUCCUGUGCGGGUCGUGUGGGGUGCGGAUGUGUGUAUCUUCAAUCAAAUCAGGCUGUCCGCCUGACAUCCGGCAGCUGCUGCACGAGUGCUGGUAAAGUUGCAAAGCGGUGGAUGUGUGUGUAUUGCACUGCCCCCACUCCCUAUCUACUCUACUUGCUUGCACAUGUGUGGUGUGUAUGUCUGUGUCUGUGUCUCUCUGUCAGGUCGGUUGACGGCGACCAGCGCCCCCCGAUGGCCCAUGUAGUCGAGACGCUCAAGCGGUGCGUCCAGCAGUGAAUGAAUGAAUCCAUGCCAUCAAUCAGACUCGUUCGCCAUUGCGUAUGACUUCCGUUUCUGGUCUGCUUGGUUUGCCUUUCGGCGGUCUGUCCAUGGGAUGUCUCUCACGGUCAUUCAUCCCUUGUUUCCUUCCUGGCCAUGAAUGACAUCGCCAUGCCGACAGACACGCGGCCGAAUAGACAGACAGACAGACAGAAGACACACACAUACAGCGGAUUGGACUGAACGCCUCACGGACGGCUGCAUGAAUUCACUGCAUUCACUCACUGCAUGUGGUCCACAACGAGCAAAC